GGUUAUUCAUGAUUUUGGUGGACACAUUUCCUUGGCAAAGCCUGUCGCUUCCUCUUCUCAACUCUUCGCUCUCAUCAGCUGCCUAGUUGAAGUUCAAGUUGUCAAUACAGCUUCUCCACUACUGUUGCUUCUAUUCCAUGUUCAAAUCAUCACCGUCAUCAUGUCCAUCAUGUCUGAACACACAUUAUCAGAGGUUCCCACGAGGAAAGACGAGUUACCCCCCGACCUGCUUGCCUUAAGAACCUCCAACGCCGAGAAGGGUGUAAAUAUCAUUGCUCAAACGCCCAGCCGACCGUACUCGUACCGUGAAGAUGAGACAGUCUACGAUCGCUUUACACCCGGUCGCAAGCGCUUGAUCACCGCCAUCGUGUCCUUCGCUGGCUUGGGCAUCAACUUGGCUUCACUGCUCGUGCUUUCAGCGCUGCCGGAGGUGGCAGCGGCUUUCAACACGUCUGGAACUGUCAUCAAUUUUACCAAUGCUCUUUUCCUGUUAAUGAUGGGCAUUGGCGUUCUCUUCUGGGGCCCACUGAGUCAAGUCUAUGGCAGAAAAUGGAUCUUCGUCAUAUCGACAGUGUUGUUCUGCGCGUUUUCACUGGCUACAGCGGUUUCCCCCAAUCUGCCAGCUUUCUUCAUCUUCCGGUCAAUCACUGCAUUUGCCGGAACCUCUUUCCUUAUCGUUGGAUCUGCCUGUCUCAGUGACAUCUAUCGCCCGACUGAACGUGGCACGGCAUUGGGUUGGUUUCUUGGAGGCACCCUUAUCGGGCCUGCUCUUGGUCCUUUCAUCGGAGGUGUCAUUGUUACGUACUCAACCUGGAAAUCUCUUUUCUGGUUCCAGGGCGCUCUCGGUGGCGCUGCUAUGGUCCUGGCAGUAGCCUUCCUUCCAGAAACAAGUCACGGAAAGUGGUCUGAAGAAUUGGAGGGAAUGACAACCAAAGAGAAGAUUGGCCAGAUCUGGGAGUGGGCGAAUCCGUUCCGGGUCAUCAGUCUAUUCCGGUACCCCAAGAUCCUCAUUGUCGGGGUUGCGGCAUCGUCUGUCCUGUGGAAUAUGCAGGUCCUUUUGACACCAGUUCGCUACGUUAUCAACCCGAGAUUCCACCUUACCUCCCCUCUGCAGUCAGGAUUCUUCUUCUUGGCACCUGGAGCAGGAUAUCUCGUUGGUACUUUUUUUGGCGGCCGAUAUGCCGAUUACACCGUGAAGAAGUGGAUCGCUAAGAGAGGACGGCGUAUUCCGGAAGACCGUCUGCGAAGUGCUUUCAUCGCGCUAGGGGUCGUCAUCCCGGCGACCACAAUCAUCUAUGGAUGGGCAAUCGACAAGGCUAAGGGCGGAAUCCCACUCCCCGUUAUCUGCAUGUUCUUGCAAGGCGUUGCGCAAAUGGUCUGCUUCCCUUGUCUUAACAGUUACUGUUUAGAUGUCUUCAGAGAGAGGGCAGCUGAAGUCAUGGCUGGCAACUACUUCAUCAGGUACACUUUUGCUGCCAUCGGUACGGCAGUGGUACUUCCAGGUAUUCAGGGCAUUGGUGUGGGUUGGUUCUCCACAGUGAGUGCUCUCUUCGUUGCGAUUUCAAGUGCUGCUGUGUGUGGUAUUGUCAUCUUUGGUACGAGACAGAAGAACAUGGAGGAAAAGUCGGAACGCGCCUAAGCACAUGGAAUUGCUGGAGUUUCAAUGAGUAACAUCAAUCAAGCUAAGUCUUCAGUUUCUGUUUCGUCGUUCAUCUAGCAAAAUUUCCCGUAG